AUGAAUCAAAAAACAGCAACCACAUCAUCUCAACAACAACAACAACAUCAACAACAACAUCAACAACAACAUCAACAACAACAUCAACAACAUCAUCCUAUAAACUACGGACAACAACAAGAAACAACGCCAACCCCACUUUUACCAUCACCGACAACAACGUCGCCCGACUCAUCAAACGACAACAUCAAUUUUAACAACAUCAACAACAACAACAGCAGCAGCAGCCACACGAGCCACAACAACCACAGCCACACAUGCGCCGACUGCAACAAAUCAUUCGCGACGUCCAGUGGCCUGAAACAGCACCGUCACAUUCACGAAAGUUUCAAGCCUUACAAAUGCGAUUCCUGCUCGAAGGCCUACACACAAUUUUCAAACCUCUGUCGCCACAGGCGCAUGCACACGCAGUGCCAGCAGCGGCAGACCUGCCGACAAUGUGGCCAGGCUUUCCUAAAUUCGACCGCCCUGUUUAAACACAAGCGGUUUUGCGAUGCGCUCACUUACCGAUUUUCAUGCAACUACUGCCUGAAAACCUUCCCACGGUCGGCCAACCUGACUCGCCACCUAAGGACACACACAGGGGAACAGCCGUACCUGUGCCUACACUGCCACAGAUCUUUCAGCAUCUCCUCGAACCUCCAGCGUCACAUUAAAAACAUUCACAGACGAGAAAAACUUCACAAAUGUACCACCUGUCGAAAGUCGUUCUCCCAACUUAUCAAUCUCGAAAGGCAU